AUGGCCUCAGUUGUUGACUCGUUGACUUCGUCCAUGGAGCUGCGGGCGAAGCCUGGCGAAUGGCUCGAGAAGCACUGGUCUCAGUGCUUUUACUGGAUCGCCGCUUACCUGUUGUUCGUCACCUGGGGUCAAGCGUUUAUGCAGAAGAGGGAAGCGUUUAAACUGAAGAAGUGGCUGAUCGUCUGGAAUGCGUUUUUGGCCGGCUUCAGUAUCAUCGGCACUAUUCGCAUAUUUCCUGAAUUCUACUUCACUCUGCAGCGGUACGGCUUCAAGAAAUCUUACUGUUUCGUCGGAAGUCUCUACGACGGCACGCAUGGCUACUGGAUCGUGUUGUUCCACCUUUCGAAGUUGUUAGAGUUGGGUGACACCGUAUUCUUGGUGCUUCGCAAACGCCCGGUUAUUUUCCUGCAUUGGUACCAUCACGCCGUUGUGCUGCUGUACUCAUGGUACGCGUACGGCUACUUCUCGGCAUCCAUUCGUUGGAGCGUCUUUAUGAACAUCCUAGUGCACUCGUUUAUGUACUCCUACUACUUUCUCAGAUCCGUUGGGUGUCGCCUGCCGUUGCUGGUCGCUCCUUGCAUCACUUCAAUGCAGUUAAUGCAGUUCGUCGUUGGCUCAUACAUAAGCGUGGAUGUGUUCUACCGUGUUACUUUCACUUCGGAGCCGUGCGACUCUAAUCCGAUCAUCGCUGGCAUGCAGCUCUUCCUCUACAUCAAUUUCCUCGUCUUGUUCUCUGAGUUUUUCUACCGUUCUUACGUGAGCAACGCCAAGGUUAAGAACGAAUAA